GCCGAUCCCGCCCUACGUGAAGGCGGCGGCGGGGUCGCUGGGCGGCGUGAUGGAGGCGUGCUGCCUGCAGCCCAUCGACGUCGUCAAGACCAGGCUGCAGCUCGACCGCACGGGGACCUACCGCGGCAUCGCGCACUGCGGCGCCACCGUCGCGCGCGCCGAGGGCGUGCCGGCGCUCUGGAAGGGCCUCACGCCCUUCGCCACGCACCUCACGCUCAAGUACGCGCUCCGACUCGGCUCCAACGCCGUGCUGCAGUCCGCCUUCAAGGACCCCACCACCGGCAAGGUCUCCGCGCAGGGCAGGCUCGCGUCCGGGUUCGGCGCCGGGGUACUCGAGGCGCUCGUCAUCGUCACCCCCUUCGAGAAUGCUAUCAGUUACGCCUAA